AUGGCGGCAUCCACGGCCGACUACCAGAUUGCCUCGCUGGCCGCGGGCUUCACUAUCGGCUUUGGGUUCUUGACAGUAUGGGAGGCCAUGAAACAGACGAGGCGGAAUCGCAACCCUCUGCGAAGCACAUACAUCUACAUGAUGUGGGGUGAAAUCAUCGCCAACCUCGUCAUUGCCGUUAUUGGGUGGUUAUUCUUGGAUGGUAUAUUGGGGCCAACGGUCCCAGUCUUAUUCUUUAUCCUGUUCUUAUGGGUGUGGGAGAUCCAGUUGCUGAUGCAAAUCAUUAUCAACCGUAUCGCCGUCAUUGCGGAAAGCCAAAAGACCAUUCGCGUCCUGAAAUGGGGAACAGCUAUGGUUAUUACCAUGAUCAACAUUGCUGUCUUCUGUAUCUGGAUUCCCUCCCACCUCAAUCCUCCUGUCAGCCAAACAUACGUCAACAUUAAUCACUAUUGGGACCGUCUCUCCAAAAUCCUCAUUCUCAUCGUCGACGCUGGUCUUAAUUGGUACUUUCUUCACGUCGUCAAGGCUCGCCUACUAAAUCAACAUGGCCUGGUGAAGUACAAGCCUCUGGUUGGGUUUAAUGCGAAGCUCAUGGUUCUAUCAAUUGCAAUGGACGCUAUGCUGAUUGGUCUGAUGUCCCUUCCCAACCAAGUCGUCUACAUUCAGUUCCACCCUGUCGCCUACAUGGUCAAGCUCAACAUCGAGAUGUCCAUGGCCUCAUUGAUCACACGCCUCGCCAAGGAUCAGGACAGCGGAUUGAGAUUCAACUCUCUUUCCUACUCCCAGGGGAACUCCCGAAGUCAUCGCACAAACCCUACUGGCCUCGACAACGGUCACAAUGGGCAUCGCGAAACUGGCGGCCUCAAGAGCUUCCACCGCGCCAGCGUUGGAGCCGUCCCUGAAGAUAGAGACCUUGAAGCCAUUCGGGAAGCUAGAACCGGCAUCCACCGAAGAGUCGACGUUGAAGUCCGCGUCGAGUCGCAUUCGUCCAAAUCGAAUCCUGCGUCAUCUUUCGGCGGGCGCCACGAUGAUGCGGCGAGCGGAAGCUCAUUCUACAAGGUUGGUGACGAAGACUCGCUGACCAGCAACCCCGGUCAUCCUCGGCCAUCGGAGAAGAAGGAGAUGAGGGGGUAG